UUUAGUCAAAGGAAGAAAAACUCAUCUCCUAAGAUGGAAUCUGUGGUUUGGGAAUGUGGUUGAUCAACUUGAUAUAUUGGCCAAAUGUGCCCUGUGUAAUAAAAUGAAAAGAAGAGACAAGAUGAUGUCAUUUUCCCAUAUUGUGAAACCAAAAACAAAUGCCUUUUGUGAGACCAAGCUAACAAACCUCUGACAGUGCAAAGAGUAUUUAACUGUUUGAAGAACUUCACAGUAAGAUACAGAAGAAGUAGUACUCUCAAGCCAAGGCCUGCCUGUGUGUAAAGAUCUGAAAUACGUGUUGAGUAGGCCUGGGCAUCCGAAUGUUACUGAGAUCCAAGAAGGAUGGCUAAGAGUUGGAUCGUCUUCUGUCUUUGGCUCUUGACUCUGUUUGUAGGACAUACAGGUGGGCACAGUUUGUUUUCUUGUGAACCUAUUACCUUGAGGAUGUGCCAAGAUUUGCCUUAUAAUACUACCUUCAUGCCUAAUCUUCUGAAUCAUUAUGACCAACAGACAGCAGCUUUAGCAAUGGAGCCAUUCCACCCCAUGGUGAACCUGGAUUGUUCUCGGGAUUUCCGGCCAUUUCUUUGUGCACUGUAUGCUCCUAUUUGUAUGGAAUAUGGACGCGUCACACUUCCCUGUCGUCGGCUGUGUCAGCGGGCUUACAGCGAGUGUUCAAAGCUCAUGGAGAUGUUUGGUGUUCCUUGGCCAGAAGAUAUGGAAUGUAGUAGGUUCCCAGAUUGUGAUGAGCCGUACCCCCGACUUGUGGAUCUGAAUUUAGCUGGAGAUCCAACUGAAGGUGCCCCAGUGGCAGUGCAGAGGGACUAUGGUUUUUGGUGUCCUCGAGAGUUGAAAAUUGAUCCUGAUCUUGGUUAUUCUUUUUUACACGUGCGUGACUGUUCACCACCUUGUCCAAAUAUGUACUUUAGGAGAGAAGAACUGUCAUUCGCUCGCUAUUUCAUAGGAUUGAUUUCAAUCAUUUGCCUCUCUGCCACCUUGUUUACUUUUUUGACUUUUUUGAUUGAUGUCACAAGAUUUCGUUAUCCCGAAAGGCCUAUUAUAUUUUAUGCUGUCUGCUACAUGAUGGUAUCAUUAAUUUUCUUCAUUGGGUUUUUACUUGAGGACCGAGUAGCCUGCAACGCAUCUAGUCCUGCACAGUAUAAGGCUUCCACAGUGACCCAAGGAUCUCAUAAUAAAGCCUGUACCAUGCUUUUUAUGGUACUCUAUUUUUUUACGAUGGCUGGCAGCGUAUGGUGGGUAAUUCUCACCAUCACAUGGUUCUUAGCAGCUGUGCCAAAGUGGGGCAGUGAAGCUAUUGAGAAGAAAGCAUUGCUGUUUCACGCCAGUGCAUGGGGCAUCCCCGGAACUCUAACUAUCAUCCUUUUAGCGAUGAAUAAAAUUGAAGGUGACAAUAUUAGUGGCGUGUGUUUUGUUGGCCUCUACGACGUUGAUGCAUUGAGAUACUUUGUUCUUGCUCCCCUCUGCCUGUAUGUGGUAGUUGGGGUUUCUCUCCUCUUAGCUGGCAUUAUAUCCCUAAAUAGAGUUCGAAUUGAGAUUCCAUUAGAGAAGGAGAACCAAGAUAAAUUAGUGAAGUUUAUGAUCCGGAUUGGUGUUUUCAGCAUUCUUUACCUCGUACCACUCUUGGUUGUAAUUGGAUGCUAUUUUUAUGAGCAAGCAUACCGUGGCAUCUGGGAAACAACGUGGAUACAAGAACGCUGCAGAGAAUAUCACAUCCCAUGUCCGUAUCAGGUUACCCAAAUGAGUCGUCCAGACCUGAUUCUCUUUCUCAUGAAGUACCUGAUGGCUCUCAUAGUUGGCAUUCCCUCAAUUUUUUGGGUUGGAAGCAAAAAAACGUGCUUUGAAUGGGCCAGUUUUUUUCAUGGUCGUAGGAAAAAAGAGAUAGUAAAUGAGAGCCGACAGGUACUCCAGGAACCUGAUUUUGCUCAGUCACUCCUAAGGGAUCCAAAUACUCCUAUUAUAAGAAAGUCAAGGGGAACUUCUACUCAAGGAACAUCCACACAUGCUUCUUCCACUCAACUGGCCAUGGUGGAUGACCAAAGAAGCAAAGCAGGGAGUGUCCACAGCAAAGUGAGCAGCUACCACGGCAGCCUCCACAGAUCACGUGACGGCAGGUACACGCCCUGCAGCUACAGAGGAAUGGAGGAGAGACUACCUCACGGCAGCAUGUCACGACUGACGGAUCACUCCAGGCAUAGUAGUUCGCAUCGGCUCAAUGAACAGUCUCGGCAUAGCAGCAUCCGAGACCUCAGUAAUAAUCCCAUGACUCACAUCACACACGGCACCAGCAUGAACCGGGUCAUUGAAGAGGAUGGGACCAGCGCUUAAUUUGUCUUGUUUAAAGCGGAAAACUUGUGCUGUUUGAAAAGCAGAUUUUAUUCUUUGCCUUUGCAUUACUGAUUGCUGUAACUCCCUGUUAUCAUGCUUUCGGUCAGGUGCAGAUUAUAUUUAUUGGAAAGAUAAAUUUUUGCUUUUUAUAUUGCAUCAAUCUCAGAACAUCAAGGGCAUCCAAAACACUAAAAAAAUCAUAUCAUCACAAAAAUGAUUCUUCUUUCUAGGUUACGAAGAGAUAAUUAUUUGUCUGGUAAGCAUUUUUAUAAAUGCGCUUAUUUUAUAUUUAGAGAAAUCCUAAAUGUGUGGUGACUGCUUUGUAGUGAACUUUCAUAUAAUACGAACUAGUUGUGAGUUAAAAUUCUGGUAGCUCUGUUAAUAAAAUUUCAGACUUAAGAAAUUUUCUAUGCAAGGUUUAUUUCUCAGAUGAACAGUAAGACUUUGUAGUUUUAUUUCCACUAAGUGAAAAAAAGAACUGUGUUUUUAAACUGUAGGAGAAUUUGAUAUAUCAGCAAGGGUAUUAGCUAAUAGCAUAUAAGUGCAACAGAAGGAUCUGAUUAGUGGAUGAAACGUUCUCUCAAAAUUCUAUCAAAAUUAUCUUCAUCCAGAGAUAUUUAGGGUUUGGGUUAGCAAUGGAAUAAAAAGCAGAGAUGGGACAUUUUUCCUCCUAUAAUUGUGUUGUUUUUUUUUUUACUUUUGUAA